AAAGAAAAAAACCCUCUGACGUCACUGGAAACCCCUUCAUCUCCUGUGACUCUGAGCGACGUCAUAACUACAUUUUUACGGAUUAAUUUAAAGAAACAGGUUAUAAAUGAGCUUCUAUGACGUUUACAGGUGUUUUAUUGAUCAGUAUUUGUUCAACAAAGGCGUGGCAGCUUCAUUAAUUGCGUAAUUUUGCGCAACUUUGACACUGUUUUGGAUCGAGGCGCAGCAACAGCAGCCUCUCCACUCCCUCCGUGUGUUUUUAGUUUCGGUUUGCUGCGGGGCUUUUUUUCCUCUCUCGCCCCGGUUUCCUGCCCGUGUCCCGCCGCGGGAGGCUCCGUGACCUCGGCCCACCGGAGCGGCGGAAUCGUUGCAACAUGUGUUCACCUCUGGACUCCGCUCUCCGCCGCUUGUUGUCGCGUUUUGCGGAAGCGAGCUGCGCCUCCAAGUAGCUGGAAACGAAACUCGGACAGCGGCGCUCAGAUCAGCUCACGAUGUUCCACUUCCUGCCGCCGGUUUGAGGACGAGGGAUGGACGCAGACCGGACUGAAGCUGGAGGAGGAAACCCAGAGGUGGAGGAUGAGUUUGCUUGUGCCGGGAUGCUGCGAGGAUCUCUGACCUCCAUCCACGGCUCCGUGGAGAGAAUCUUCAGGGUGACGUUCGGCAUCGGUUCCGACGGUUUGCCUCCUGGAGACGACGGUCAGAUCUGGCUGAAGCUCCGAGGGCCGAGCAGCAACGUGGAGGCUGCCAAAGUAAGAGGCGUUGUGAACCAGGAGGAGCAGCAGGAGGUUUCGUAUCGGGUCCUUCACUGCGUCUUCUGUGGAGCCAAAGGGCUGUUCAUGGACAGCCUGAUUAAAAACACCUCUGCGCUCAUAGUGGUCGGCUCUCCAGGCUUUCUGCUGAUCUCAGGUUUAGCCGAGCCGGUGGUUCGGGCCUAUUCUCUCAUCGCAGACCUGGUGGAGCGAUACGAGUGCACACAGUCCCGACGCGCCGAGGCCGUGGACAGAGGUUCAGGCGAAUCCCUGGAUUCACGCCGGGCCUUUAAGGCUCUGGUGGAGAAAUGGGAGGACAGACACAUCCUGGAUCUCCUCGUGCUUCCAGUGUCAGUGAAGGAAAUCCUGCUGGAUUUGGUGAAAGAAUCAGGGCUCGGAUCAAACCCGAACCCGAUGCCGACUCACACAAAAACCCAGGAGAGAUCCCUCAUCGAUGCAGAGGAUCGAUGGGACAAGCAAACACCUGAUCGUUGGGCUGCAGGGACGUCUGCAGGUAAAGACUCCUUCUUCCAAUCUUUGUCCUCUUCGGCGGGCAGCAGAGGGAAGGCAGAGGGAGCUGAAGAAAGACCCAAACAUUCUCCUCAGGAGGUGGGAGAAGACGGGGAAACGUCAGGCGCCCGUCAGAAAGAUGGAACCGAAGAAGAGCAGGAGGUGCAGCUGUCAACUGGAAAGGAGUUCUGGCUUCUCUUGAAGUUCUUCACAGCCAUGGGCUACACCGAGGACGUCGUGAAGCGAGUCCUCGCCCGAACGGGACCCAAAGAGGCUUCGCAGAUUCUGGACUUGGUUCAGCAGGAGCAGGAUCGCAGCGACCGCAAGCAGAACAGUCCAAGUGUGCCAGAACCAAAACUUCAAGAUGCCGUAAAUCAGACAGACAGGAACCGACCCUGUGAGACAGAGCACAGGGAGGACGAAGGAGCAGCGGGAGGAGAUAAAGUCCAAAUCAGUAAUGGAGAAGCUGAAGGAGGUGCAGAGGAGACGGAACAAGAGGAAGACUUUGUCCUGGGAGUGUUGAAGAAAGCUGCAGCCAGCUGUGGGUAUGACGAGCAGAAUGUGGCCAAAGCCUACAACAUGUUUCCUGAUCGAUCCACCCACGAGCUGCUGCUGGAGCUGCAGAGGGAGGGCAGCAAGGAGACGGACGCCUUCAGGGACGAGCCCAGGGAGAUGGACGACGUGGUGCUGCAGAAAGACGAAGCAAGAGCAGAAACUGAGCUUUUUAUAGCCUCAAACAAGAGUCAAACUGGUCAGAGAGGACAGAUGAACCUCGCGGCACCUAAAGUAGAUCCAGAUAUGUUUACUUGGAUGAAUAACACCCAGCCGACAAGUCAACACACGUCCCACCCAAAGCAACACCACACGUCAGAGUCACAAAUCAUCCUUCCUGAAGUCAAAGGGCCUCCCAUGCCGACUUACCCCUCAUCUAUAGAUCACCCACUCAAUCUACAGUCCAACAAGCAGCAAAUCGUCUACUGGCCCAGUCAGCCCACCUCUAAACCAAACCACCAUCCAAAGCCCCAGCCUGCCUUAAAACAAGCGCUCCAGGCUCCUCAUCCUCCCGUCUUCACCGGUAAAGACUCGUCUCCCACCAGAAACAGGGACCGACAGAGCUACUCGUCCUCAGUGGUGGUGACAGGAGAGCAGCGGUUCCUCGAAGGCCUGCAGACGCCCUUCGAGCUGAAGCUGACGGAUAAACCCGGAGAUCCCAAACUGAGGACGAUCGUCAUUGAUGCCAGCAACGUGGCUAUGAGCCACGGUUUGGGUCACUUCUUCUCCUGUCGGGGAAUCGCUCUGGCCGUGCAGCAUUUCUGGGACCGAGGCCACCGAGACAUCAGCGCUCUGCUGCCACAGUGGAGGCAGAAGAGCGACCCAGGAACAAAGGAGCAGCACUACCUGACGGAGCUGCAGCAGGUUGGCCUGCUCUCCUUCACGCCCUCCAGAGAGGUCCAGGGCAAGAGGAUCACCUCGUACGACGACAGACUGAUACUGCAGCAUGCACAGAAGACGGACGGCGUGAUCGUAACCAACGACAACCUGAGAGACCUCUCAGACGAGUCUCCUGUGUGGAGGGACAUCAUCAAGAAGAGACUCCUCCAGUACACGUUUGUCGGAGAUCACUUCAUGGUUCCUGACGACCCUCUGGGCAGAGGAGGACCUCACCUGGAUGACUUCCUGCGUUCAGAGCACAGGACGCCUCAUCCAGGGAAUCACUCCUUUGCCGGCUCGGCCUCGGCGUUCCCUCAAUAUAGAGCUCCUCGCUCCCAGACCGAGGUCUUGAACUUCCGGGACCGGGCGCUAGGGGGCACUGUGGACGGAGGCGGCCGAGGUCGAGGGCGAGGACAGCGGAGGGGGUGGCAGCCCGGAGGUCCGGCUGUGGACAGGAGUCUGGAGGAAACAGCGGCUCUGAAGGAGCAGCUCUGUCAGGUGUUCUCUGGUCAGGACAACAUGGUGACUCUGGUGCUGCAGUGUCACCCUGCAGAGACCGACAUCAACGUGCUGUCAGAUCUGAUCCUGGAGCAGCAAACGGACUAGAAGUGACUCUUUAAUGUAUAGUGUUCUUGCUGAAAUGUUCAAGAUUUACUAGUGUGUCCCGUCAAACUCCAUCUGCUUGAAGCCAGAAUCAGUUUCAGCUCCGGUUUGACUGCUUUCCUCUGCUCUGCAUCCCCUCUGUCAUCUCUGUUUUUUUUUUUUUUUAAAUAUUAUGCAUUUUAUGCUGAUCCUGUUCAGGUGAGAGGACCACAAUAGGGAAGAACAACGAGGAUAGAAUUAGGAUGUUCAGAGGGCCACGAGGAGUCGUACAGAGACGGAAGAUGUGCUAAAUAAGUCUUUGAAGGAUCAGAUCAUCAAACUAACUUUAACAUAACACAAACACAACCCAAGAAAACACAAAAUUCAGUUUUAAAAUGAUAGUUUUAUUUAUUGAAGGAAAAAUCCAUUCCGACUCAUCUUAUCCUAUGUGAAAAAGUAAUUGCCCCCUUAUCUACCAAAUGACCAAAUUCAUUCAUCAGUUGGGUUCAGGUUCUCCAUCCACACUCACAUAUGAUUACUGCCAGGCUUGUUGAACCUAAACAUCACUAAAUAGAACCUGUCUUCAUUGUGAAGUAGAUAAAGGCUCUGAAAAAGCAGCACAUGAUGCCACGUUCUGAAGAGAUUCAAGAACAGAUGAGGAACAAAGUCAUUGACAUUCAUCAGUCUGGAGGGUUUCAAAGCCAUUGCUGAGGCUCUGGGACUCCAGAGAACCACAGUUAGAGACAUUAUCCACAAAUGGAGAAACAUGGAACAGUGGAGAACCUUCCCAGGAGUGGACCAACCACCAACAUUUCUCCAAGAGUAUCAACAUCUAAUCCAGGAGGUCACAGAAGAACCAGAGGAGCAUCUAAAGAUCGUUUCAACUUCCUACAAAGACUGAGCCUCUGUGUGACAGAAGGUGUAGUAGUAGUGUCCUAACUGAUCGUGAAAAAAUAGCUCAGUAGCUAAAAGCACAUGAUGCCACAUUCUAAAGAGAUUCAAGAACAGAUGAGGAACAAAGUCACUGACAUUCAAUGGACCAACAACCAACAUUUCUCCAAGAGCAUCAACAUCUAAUCCUGGAGGUCACAGAAGAACCCAGAGGAACAUCUAAAGAUCUGCAGACCUCACUGGCCUCAGUUAAGGUUUGUCUACAUGAUUCCUCAAUAAGGAAGACUGGAAGAAAAUGGAUCCAUGGGAGAGUUGGAAGGAUCAAACCACUACUGACCAAAAAGAACAUGAAGGUUCAUCUGGUAUUUACAGAAAAAAUAUCUGGAUGAGCUCCAAGACUAUAGUUUAAAAUCCUGUGGACUGAUGAGUCAAAGGUGGAACUUUCUGGAAGACAUGGGUCUGUUCCAUCUGGUGUGAAGCUAAUACUGCAUUCCACAAGAAGAACAUGAUACCAGCAGUGAAACAUGGUGGUGGUAGUGUGAUGGUUGGAGGACCUGGACGACUUGUCAUCACUGAUGGAGCCAUGAAUUCUGCUCUCUAUCAGAAAAUCCUCCUGGAGAACAUCCAGCAUCAGUCCAUGACCUAAAGCUCAACACUAAUGGUUUAUGCAGCAAGAAAAAGACCCAAAGACCACCAGCAAGUCCACCUCUGAGUGGCUCAGAAAGAACUGAAUGAAGGUUCUGCAGUUGAAUCUAAUUGUGAUGAGUCCAAGAAACUUUGAAUCAACUGUAAUGUCUCAAAAACUAUCCAUUAACAUUAUUUUUUUUAGCUCUUUUCUUCACAAUGUCACAAAGUGCUUCACCAAGAAAUAAGAAAAAAAAUGAGUCAGAAAACAUGAACCCAGAGUUAUAUUUUAUGACUUUUUAUCCAGAUUUCCCUGUAAUAACUUUACAGAUCUCCUGGACAAAUAUAUUUUUGAUGCAGUUUUGAUGCAAGCUAACACGUGAACACACAGUAAAUGUCUUUUUCUAGAUUUAAAACCGGCGCAGAAUGACGUCUGUUGACCUUCUUGCGGCUUUAACUCUGGAGGAAACAGCUGAAAUGCAUCGGCUCGGUUUUUAACCAUUGUCUUCUGGAUUUUUUGUGGGUUUCAGGAGCAGAUUUGCAGAAAGAAAUAAGCAAUAUGUGGUUGUUAAACAGAAAAUGCCUGUUUAUUGUACAAUCAAACUACUGCAGCAGUGGAUUUUUAAGCAGAGGUAUGCAGCUAGCACUGCUAAUUAUCCUAUGAACUUCUUUAUCCAUGCACUGUGUUUUAUAUUUUUAUUUAUUUUGACUUUAAAAUCAUAGAAAGUGAACCUGGAUGAGGACCAAACCAGAAGAUGAUCAAAUAAAGAACUUUUUAUUCACACGUCUUCAGUGUGUGAAUAUCAGCUUUGCCUGCAAAAACACAAAAAAAAAUGUGAACUGUAACUAUUUGCAUUGUUUGUUUUAGCACAUUUUACCUACUUAUUAAAGAAUUUCUUAAUGGAUUUGAUGAAAAUAA